AUUUGAGAGCCUUCCCAAGGUAAGCUUCAUGACCAGACGUAUGAAAUCGCUGAAAUAUCUGGACAUGAGCAACAACUUGCUGAGUCACGAUGGAGCUGAUGUGCAAUGCCAAUGGGCUGAGUCUCUGACAGAGCUGGACUUGUCCUCAAAUCAGUUGACGGAUUCCGUGUUUGAGUGCUUGCCAGUCAACAUCAAAAUACUUGACCUACAAAACAAUCAGAUCACCAGUGUCCCCAAGGGGAUGGCUGAGCUGAAAUCCUUGAAAGAGCUGAACCUGGCAUCGAACAGGCUGGCUGACCUGCCGGGCUGCAGUGGUUUUACAUCCCUGGAGUUCCUGAACAUAGAGAUGAAUUCGAUCCUCACCCCAUCUGAUGACUUCUUCCAGAGCUGCCCAAGGGUCAGAGAGCUCCAAGCCGGGUACAACCCGUUCAAGUGCUCCUGUGAACUGCGAGACUUCAUCCGUCUGGAGGGGCAGUCUGGGGGGAAGCUGUUCGGCUGGCCGGCGGCAUACGUGUGCGAGUACCCGGAAGACUUGCGAGGUACGCAGCUGAAGGACUUCCACCUGACUGAGCUGGCUUGCAACACAACGCUCUUGCUUGUGACAGCCCUGCUGCUGACGCUGGUGCUGGUGGCUGUCGUGGCCUUUCUGUGCGUCUACCUGGAUGUGCCGUGGUAUGUGCAGAUGACGUGGCAGUGGACGCAGACGAAGCGGAGAGCUUGGCACAACCACCCCGAAGAGCAGGCGACCGUUCUGCAGUUUCACGCGUUCAUUUCCUACAGCGAGCGCGACUCGUUGUGGGUGAAGAACGAGCUGAUCCCGAACCUGGAGAAGGGGGAGGGCUGUGUACAACUGUGCCAGCACGAGAGAAACUUCAUCCCCGGCAGGAGCAUUGUGGAGAACAUCAUUAAUUGUAUUGAGAAGAGCUACAAGUCGAUCUUUGUGUUGUCUCCCAACUUUGUGCAGAGCGAGUGGUGUCACUAUGAGCUGUACUUUGCCCAUCACAAAUUAUUCAGUGGGAAUUCCAACAGCUUAAUCCUCAUUUUACUGGAGCCGAUCCCUCCGUAUAUUAUCCCUGCGCGGUAUCACAAGCUGAAGGCUCUCAUGGCAAAGCGAACCUACCUGGAGUGGCCGAAGGAGAGGAGCAAGCGUGCCCUUUUCUGGGCUAACCUGAGGGCAGCUAUUAGCAUUAACCUG